UGUGCCCGCCGUCCACUUCCCCACCACCCGCCCGUACCAUGGAUGGGGCUCCCGCCUUCACGGUCUCGGCGGUCUUGGACGUCCGGCGUCGUGGUCGUGGGGUCCAAUUUUUGGUGGACUGGGAGGGGUAUGGUCCGGAGGAACGUUCGUGGAUCUCGCGUUCGCUCAUCCUGGACCAUACCCUCAUCGACGACUUCUAUGCUGCCCAUCCUGAUCGUCGCCCUGGACCGCCUGGUGGCGGUCGUUGAGGGGGGGGUACUGUCAUGGCCUGUCAGUUACUCCCUCCUCCCCCCUCCUUCCUCUGUUGGACGCGACCAGCUGGAUCCACUCACCUCUUCAUCACCUGCCUUCAUAAACUCCUCCAGGAUCAUCAGCCGGUGCCAGUUCGUUGUUCCUCCUAUGGACGUUAACUUUCUGGAUCCUCACCUGGUCGCAAUCCUCCUACGCUGCAGUCACGCCGAACCCAGAAACCUCCUGCCAGCCGCCUCGUCUCGCCUUGGUUCAAGCUUCGCCCACGCCGUCUCAAGAAGCCUCCAGCCAGUGCCUCGCCUCGUCGUGGUUCAAGCCUCGCUCCCACCGCUGUUUCCCCUCAAGGAGAUUCCUGUUCAAGAUCCCUCCAGCCUGCUCACGCUCGCUCUUCCUGGAAGGAAGUUCUGUCAAGUUCUGGUUUAAAUUAAACCAUUGAGUUCUUACCGUUGUGUCAGUCUCCUUCCGGGUUCCAGCAUCUGGGUCAUUUCUGAACUCUCGUUCGUAUCAUGACAGCUAGCCUCGUUAGCAUAUUUACAAAAACUCCCAAAAUAGUUUGCAACUUUUUGACAGAGAGCUGUGUACCUCUUAAAAUCACUUCAACAUCAGUAAACAACCAGAAUAAAUCCAUAUAUUAGGCGCACUGUCAUUUUUUGAAAAAAGUUAAGGCUUCUAGGUGAACCUUAUAGUGCGAAAAAUACGGUAGCUGUUGUAAAUGACAUCUUCAAUGUUAAUGAUAAGCAUUAAACAGUCCACUGGCUGAAACUUUGUCAUCGCUGAUCGCUUUGGACUUGGUUUUGAUCAGGAUGGGUGGACAGGGUACCUAGUGCACCAAAUUUAUGCAGUAUGUUAUUUAUUAAACAACACCUGCAACUUUGCACCUACUGUAAGUCACAAGAUGCAUCCAUACCAUUAGUAGGCAACAUGUUUAGGUGGUUCUAGUUUACCAAAUCUCAAUGAUUCUUGUGAUGUCACUAGGAGAAAAACGUAUUUUUUGACAGUUUUUAGAGAACCUCACUCCCAUCGUCUUCAUACGUACCUAGUUCUGUUAUUUCAUCUCUCUCUUCUGCUGCUAUGUAGGUUUAACCUGCUACUUUUAGAUCCUCUGCAUAUUCAUGAUUCUUUCCUGAAAUUGCAUCACUCCGACGUUUUUCACAGAAAAUAUUAUUAAGUAUGGAAGCCAGAAAAAGCCCCUGUUAACCAGUGAGAUGUUAGACUUUGUUUUACCUCUGCAAACAAAUGUUUAUGUGAAUAAAUUCAGAGGCUACAGCAUGUAAAAAAUAAAGAGAACUGAAAGUCCUCUAAGCAUUUCUUCUUCCAUUAUUCAACACUUUGAACCUCUUUUUUUAUUCAUUGUUGUUUUUCACAGUAGCUGGAUGAAUCAAUCAGAGCUACUUCAAAGCGUGCCUUUUUAAUAAUGAAGUAUCUCUUCUCUGCAGUGAAAACAAUGACUCGACUCCUCAGAUGGUUCACAAAUGAAGAGCUGAGACUUUAAAGAGAUGAUGAUGAGGCCAAGAAGGAAAGUGGAACACACAAGUGCUGUUCAGCUGCAGAAAGAAAAGCAACAAUGCAUAUUCAAGGCCAAUCAGAUACCAAAAUGUGGGCUUAGCAGCAUUCUGCCGUUCGCAAUGGAAUUUCUUUUAAAGAAGCACAAAGUCGUCACUCUCUGCUGCAUGCUUCACUUCAUCCAGCAAAGGAAUGAAAUGCUCUUGUGUACCAAUGUUCAGGACAAUGUUCUAAGACUUCAUUAGUUACAAAUAAAACAAAUAUGUCCAGAUGCCUGCUGCCAUACAGGGGAAUUUUGACAACAGACUCAGAGACAGGCAGGAAAAAACAAAAUGUCAUAGCUACAGGUGAGCAGAAGAGGAGCAUCACAUUAAACUCAUCAGUACAGGUGAGCAGAAGAGGAGUGCCACACAAAACCCAUCCGAAACAGAAGUAAAGUGUCACGGCAAACUCAGAAGUAGUAAUAGUAGAAUGAGUAUCCUGGAUGAUCUCUUCAGAAACAGAAAAGCAAAAGAAGAGCAUCACGCUUACCUCAUAAGGACAGAUGAGGAGAAGAGGAGCCUCCCCAGCUACGUUCCCACCACUAAAACUUUACAUUUUACAGAUACCCCUAAUAAGAAAUAUAUUUAAAAACGCCGGUAUAUAACAUUAGUUUUUAGUCAUUUAAAUCUAAUAACUUUUACUAUAAAACAUUAAUUCAAUUCAAUUCGAUUUUAAUUAUAUAGCUCAAUAUUACAACAAUAGUUGUCUCAAUGGGAUUCAUACCGGUAAUUCAAGAUUCAAGAUUCAAAGAUUCAAGAUUGUACAAGAUUGUAAUUGUAUGAUAAACAUGAAAUCAUAAAGAGCAUGAACUCAUAGAAUUCAAUAGGUAAUGGCUAAACUAAACUAAACAGACUGAGCUAAACUGGGCAUAAGAUGAGAUAACAUAAAGAUACUUUAUUGAUCCCAGCUUGGGAAAUGGGGCUGUUGCAGCGUCAGCAUUGGGCUUAAGAUACAAACAUACAAACAAUGGGUGACAACAGAGAACAGAACAAUCAAUCAGAAGGAAAUAUCAGUGAAAAUCAUCUGUAUUGCAUGACAGCUCUGGAGAAAAAAAAAAGACAGACCUUAAAUGAGUUUAUCUAUUGCAAAUGGAUGGCAAGAGUCCAAUGGAGUGAGUUACGAAAGUUCUCCUGUAGCGGUUGGUGUGACAGGGAAGCUGCCUUAGCCUAUUGGAGAAGGUGCUCUGCUGACCGUCGACAACAGGAUGGAGAGGAUGCUCCGGAUCAUCCAUGAUGGAUAGGAGCUUAUUUAAAGUCCUCCUCUCCAUCACAGCUUCAAACGUGUCCAUUUUACAUCCGAUUACGGAGCCAGCUCUUCUUCUGAUCAGUUUGUUCAGUCUAUUAGUGUCCCUGUCAGAUAUGCUGCCCCCCCCCCAGCAGACCACCGAGAAAAACAGAGUGCUGGCCACAACAGACUGGUAGUAAAUCUCGAGCAUCAUGCUGCACACAUAGAAGGACCUUAGUUUCCUCAGGAAGUAGAGUCUGCUGCUGGCCUUCUUAUACACAGCAGUGCUGUUGCUCUUCCAGCUCAGUCUGUUGUCAAUGGUUACUCCCAAGUACUUGUACUCACCUCUGCCACAUCUCUGCCCAAGAUGCUGAGAGGCUGGGAAGCUGGAGUUUUCUUCCUGAAGUCCACCCCUAUCUCUCUGGUUUUCCACAUUGAGCAGCAGGGGAUUUACUCCAGCCCACCUCACGAAUUUAUCCACAAGUUCCCUGUACUCCUCCUCCCGCCCAACAGUAAUGCAGCCAACAACCGCAGAGUCGUCAGAGAAUUUCUGAAGAUGGCACGACUCGGAGUUAUACUGGAAGUCACUGGUGUACAAAGUGAACAGGCAGGGAGAGAGCACAGUGCCCUGUGGGGCCCCCAAACUGCUCAUCACCACGUCAGACAGGACACUGCCCAACCGCACAAACUGCGGCCUGUCCAACAAGUAGUCAAUGAUUCAGGAGACCAAGGCCCCGUACACACCCAUCAGCCGCAGCUUCUUACCCAGUAACCAGGGCUGGAUGGUGUUGAACGCACUGGAGAAAUCAAAGAA